GGUCUGAAUAUGCGUAUGGACCGCUUGUCCGUGAGUGGAAACAGGCCAGAUACAGCCGGGACGCUGCCUCCUCCCAGUCCAUUGCUGGAAGCAUACCGCGGAACCUAUCAAUCAGUCUCUCCAAUGAUAGCACCCAUGACCUUGUCUUCAGACAGCGAUCUCGACAAACUAUCUUCACUCUCACCCGGUCCCUCGAACGGCAAACACCACAGACGCUCCAGAAGCAGUAACAGCAAGAACGAGUUUAUAGGCUCAGGCUCCGAGUCCACCUCCAAAGGAGCAACCCACAAGAAGCGGGCACGACUCUACGACGCAGAAAAAGACGCUUUAGCCCUCAACCAAGCAAUCUGCCACCACAAAAUCGACGUUGACAUAAUCUGCAAGAUCUUACCCUCUCUCACUCACGACCAAACACUCGAGCUUCGCAAAGAAUACAAAAAACACAUCAAAGUCCAAGGCCGCGGCAUCAACAUAGCCAAACACAUGAAAAUGAAGCUCUCGGGUAAUUUUGGAAAAGCAGUCUACGUGUGCGCAUUAGGACGCUACGAGUCCGAAGGCUACUGGGCAAACUUCUUCUACCAAUCCCACAGCAGUCGCCGCGAAUUACUCAUCGAAUCACUCAUGGGACGCAGCAAUGCCGAGAUUCGCCAAAUCAAGGAGUCGUUCAGGGAUAAACGCUACAAUGAUGAUUUGGUGCGGUGUAUGGAGAAGGAACUCAAGCCAGACAAGUUUCGCGGGGCGGUGUUGAUGGCUCUGGAGGCGAAGCGGCAAGAGGAGAACGAGGGGUAUGCUAGGCAGUAUGUUGACGGUGAUGUCGAUGUGUUGAAUAGGUGUUUGGCAGCAAAAGAAGGCGGCGAAAGCACAAUGUUGGAGAUUGUGGUGAGAAGAAGUGAUGCACAUUUGCGAGAUGUGCUCAAGGCAUAUGAGCGUAGGUACGGAGUCAAUUUCGCAAGAGAGGCGUUGAAGAAGAGCAAUAACCUUGUGGGCGAAGUAAUCUGCCACAUCCUCAACGGAGCAAUCAACCGACCAGCCCGCGAUGCCCUCCUCCUCCACCACGCCAUCUCCGACAUGACCUCCCACAACACACACGAAGAAUUGCGUCACGAGCUCCUCAUCUCAAGAUUGAUGCGGGUGCAUUGGGAGCAAACCCAUUUCGCUCGUGUGAAAAGAGAGUAUGCGGAGAAAUAUCGCAAGGAGCUCGAGCGUGAUGUUGAAGACGCGACAAAAGGCGAUUUGAGAGAGUUUUUGUAUGAGGUUUGCAAG